AUGGCGAUUUCAGAUCUGCUCAAUCGCCGUGUGCGAGCGCGCCCUGAAGAGGAUGAGGACGCCUACUCGGAGGCUUCAGACUCCGUUGAAGAACGCAACGAUGAAAUUUCAGAUGAUUCCGAGGACGAACAAGACAAGGACGAUGCCAGUGAUGGCUCUUUGGAAGAGACCGACGAUGAGUCAAAUGACGACCCCGAAGGCUCAGAGGAAGAAGACGAAGAAGACCAAAGCGAAGACGACGAAGAUGAAGAGGAGGGAGAAGAGGACAACGGAAAAGAAGACCUCCAAGCCUCCCUAAACAACAUCUCCUUCGGAGCUCUCGCCAAAGCCCAAGCUUCCAUGGGACCAAAGGGCAAGAAGAACCGCACGAGCACCAAAUCCACCGACCCCUCAACAACAGCCUCCCCACUAGAUGACAUCCGCGCCCGAAUCCGCGAAGCCCGCGAACAAAAACGCCAAAUUAAUCCCCAAUCCAAAGACGGGGAAAAGAAACUAUCCCGCUCCUCAAAACAUGCGCCUACGGUGCAAUCCUCUAAACAUGCCGUCAGUCGCAAGCGCACCGUUAUCGAACCCCCCGCCGUGCCUAAAUCGCGGGAUCCACGUUUCGACCCCACCAUCCGUGACAGUAACAGGGGGCAAAAUCCCGCUGCGGCGAGCAAGGCUUAUGCUUUCCUGGACGAGUACCGCGCUUCGGAACUGAAGGACUUGAAGGAGCAGAUGGCCAAGACUAAGGACCCGGCAAAGAAAGAGGAAUUGAAGCGUGCUAUCCGAUCAAGCUCGGACCGAAUGCGGACGAGUGCAAAUCGAAAGCGAGAGCAAGAGAUCAUGGCGGAGCAUAAGAAGAAUGAGAAGAAGCUGCUGCGUGAGGGCAAGAAGAGCAACCCGUACUUCCUGAAGAAGUCAGACCUCAAGAAACAGGUGAUGGUGAAGAAAUAUGAGCAGAUGGGAUCCCGGGACAGGACCAAGGCUCUGGAGAGGAGACGCAAGAAGGUUGCUUCCAAGGAAAGAAAGGAAAUGCCUUGGGAACGGAGAGGAAUGGAAGGAGAUGGUGAAGGCAGGAAACGGAGAAGACUGGAAUAG